AUGGCUCGUAUUCUAAGCUUGAUAGAUUGUGUGGAUGGUAUAGACUUGUCCAUUCCCCAUCAUAAUUACGUACAUCUUCAAAAUUGGCUUACUGACAAAAGAGUUCGAGAUCAGUUUCUUAUUCACCGUUUUGGGGAGCUUGAGGUUUAUUGGAACAUUGGUACAGGACAGUUGAAGCCCGAGCUUUUUGACUAUCGUAUGGUUUAUCCAGAAUCUGUUAUGUGGUCUCCUUCUGGGACUUACUUGGCCACCACUUUCAAGAAGGGAUCUAUUAUUUGGGGAGGCACCACCUUCUUUAGCCCAUUAAUGUUUUACGAUCACAAAAUGGUUAAGCUGAUUGAUAUCUCACCUGGGGAGAAAUAUUUGGUUAGCUACAGCAAGUAUGAAAUAAAUGGAGCUGUGCUUAAAAUCUUUGAUAUUGAAACUGGAGAAGUAAAGAUGGUUAUCGAUAGAAGUAAUUUCGAGCACGCAAUUGGGGGGAUCGAAGCCAUAUCUCAAGUAUCCUGGCCUGUUUUCAGAUGGAGUGGUAGAAAUGAUGACAGGUACUUCGCCAGAAUCGGAAAAAAUGCAAUAUACAUAUAUGAAACCAAGACCUUCGGCCUCAUUGACAAUGAACCCUUAAAGGCUGAAAAUGUAAUGGAUUUUUGUUGGUCACCUACCGAUCCUAUAAUAACUCUAUUUGUUCCUACAGAUGAUGAUGAGGUGCAGCCUGCCAUGGUGAGUCUGAUACAGGUUCCCAGUAAAGAGGAGUUAAGGAGGAAAAAUCUCGAUGGUGUUAGAGAUUGCAAAAUGUUUUGGCAAAGCAAUGGGGAAUACCUUGCUGUUAUGUUUAACCAGUUCAAUGAAACAAGGAGUACCACUUACCAACGGUUUGUGAUCUUUGGUAUCAAAGAUCCAGGUAUCCCCAUUGAGGACUUCGAACUUGAGAAUAACAAUGAUAUGAUUAUUGCAUUUGCUUGGGAGCCAAAAGGCCAAAGAUUUGCAGUCAUCCAUGCUUUGGGUGAAAGGCGAAAUGUGAGUUUUUACUCGGUUUUGAAAGCUCACAAUAGGCUCCAAUUUUCAAAGCUUGUGACUCUGGAAGUUGAGCAAGCAGGAUCUCUUCACUGGUCACCUGUUGGGCGUUUCAUUGUAGUAGCAGCAAUGAAGGGUUGUGGUGGAAACUUGAUAUUUUAUGAUGCUGCUGCUCUUGGAACCUUAGCCACUGAGCAUUUUGCGGCUGCAAACAUUGAGUGGUCUCCUACUGGAGGGUAUGUUGCAGCUAUAUCUGAUGAAAUGGAUGUCGGGCGAGUCAUGAUUUGGUCCUUCUUUGGGGUGCUACUGUGUCAAAUUCCAAGGAGGAAACUUAAACAGUUUUGUUGGCGUCCAAGGUCCUCUUCCUCCUUUAGUAUGGAUGAAAUGCAAGACGUGCUAGAGGCUGUGAACAACCUUGUUGGCGGCCUUGCUAACCUUAAUAACGAGGACGAAGAUGUUUUCACAUUAUCUAUGGAGCAGUGUCAAACAUGGGAAGCACCAGAGGGCUGGGAUAGAUGCUGGACAGAGAUUUCACGUAUGAUGAAUAAAAAUCGGAAUGCAGCAGUGGGGGAGCUUGAGACGAAGGAAGUGAGUCAAGUGACAUUGGAUGGAUAGACAUUGGUUGAAAACUGAUGUACAGAUACGCAAUAUGACCGUUUUCUUUUAAGUUUUUGACCAAAGUGGUGAUAGUGAUCGCAAUAUAGCAUGCGUGUAGUGUGUGUUUGAGAUAGAUAUACAAGCUCCCCCUCCUAAACAUCCAAUUGGGGCCUUGAUACUACAGUUUUUAGUUUGUACUCUGGGCUAUGGAGUUGUUAGUGU